AUGCCUCCCAAAACAAGAGUCCGUAUCAACCGAAGAACUCAAUGCAAUCGAAGAGCCGGGAAUGCUAACGCGCAAUGCAAUAGAUUAUGGUACACCAAUGCCGCUAUCAAUAUUACGACAGACUUUUUCCUUGCACUUUUGCCCAUUCCAGUUUUAAAUACGUUGAAGGUUGGACACAGACAAAGAUAUAUCUUGAUGGGUAUAUUCGGACUUGGCCUUUUCGUUUGUGUUGUCUCUAUUCUCCGCCUCCACGCCCUCAUAGUUUUGGAGUCUUCUCAAGAUCCAACAUGGGAUCAAGCAGCAACAACAUGUUGGUCAUCGAUAGAACUUAAUAUUGCGAUAAUAUGCGCUUCGUUGCCAACUUUGAGGCCGGUAAUUGGGCGGAUUUUCCCUAGUCUGCUUGGGUCGACGAACGCCUAUGGGAACAGUUAUAAUUACCCCAGGCAGGGAAGCGAACGAGUUGGGGGCGGCGCUGUCAUAAGCAGCGACAACAAAUCCCUAACACUGCAGAGGUCGACAGGGCGGGACGAAAUAGAUAUGUAUGAUCUUGAAGGCCGGCGAUCAAACUUAGAAACGGCUAGACAAAACCUCUCGUCUGAGAGUAAACACAAUUUAACCUGCAGCGUAGAAGAAAGAAUCUGA